CCUCUCUCAUGUAUCACGUAAAUGUGAAGCAUUUAAAACUUGCAAUGUUUAAAUGUCGGCACUGCGGCGAGGAAUUUCUUUGGAACAAAUCUGCGGCAAUUCGGCAUGCUCAACGUCAUGGUGGAGAUGAGAACAUGAUUGAAAAUAAUACAGAACGUCACUUCCCAACAUUGAAUCGCCAUAAACGUGAAUAUUUUAAUUUGGGUCGCAGCACAACUAGUUGGCGUGAAGAUUCUCCAUCUUCACAAUUUUUGGAAGAAGGAAGGAUUGAUGAUGAGGUUAGUGAAAAGCAUGCAAAAUUGGAAUUGGAAACUCCUGAACUUGUCUUGAAUAUGAAAGAGGAACAAGAGGAUCCUGCAACAGGCGAGUCAAAUAGUGGUGGGGUUGAAGCAUCUGUUAGUGCUGCUGAUGAAGAAAAGAAAGAACAAACUCCAAAUUCAAUUCUGGCCCAAUUGGUUGACAUUACUCGUGGGAAGAAAAAUGACGUUGUAAAAGCCAAAGAGAGAAUGCCAUUAGCAAAAGGAAUUAAUACAACGACUGGGAGUUCUACAAGUACAACUACAGCAGUCUCCAAUAAUUACAACUCUCCUAGUAGCGAACAUGUAAAAGCUCACAAGUCGAUUCAGUGUGGUGGUUGCGGUGAUAUGGUUGUUAAUCAGGAAUGGAUUAUGCUCAACCAUGUUAAUACAAAGUAA